AUGUACUCUAGACCUGUGCUAUACGGUCUCUGCUUCGCGCUGCUCUCGCUCUCGGCUUCGGCGGAUCCGAGCGCUGGGUCUUCGUUGUACCCUCCGGGCUUACUGCCUCUCAUCAACCAUGCCAACUCUCUGCUAUCCGCUGGACAGUUUCAUGAUGCUGCAUUAGCAUACUCUCAAGCAAUAGAGCAAUCACCACAAGACGCAACGCUAUUCUACAAACGCGCCACCGCCUACUUCUCCCUCAGCCGCUUUGAAAAUGCAUUAUCCGACUUCGACAGCGUUCUGGAGAUCACACCCGACUCCUUCCCGAAAGCGCACUUCAUGCGAGCCCGCAUCUACGCCAAAGACGCGCGAUUCGGCGAAGCGAGGCAAGCUCUGGCCGACUACCAAGCCAAAGCGCCAACAGACUCCUCCGCCAUCGAGUUUGGAUUGGCGUUGAGAGAUUCAGAGGCGGCGGCGGCGAAGUUGGAGGGAGCGUACAAGGCGAAGCUAUGGACGGCGUGCGAGGAGGCUGCGACGACUGUACUCGUCAUGGCACCACACGCGGUCGACGUUCGCAAGAAGCGUGCGCUUUGCGCGUUGGGAGGUGGAGAUUAUGAGCAGGCGCUCGGUGACCUCACGCGCCUAACGCAUAUCACGUCCCCGUCGACGUCCGACUUUAUGCGUAUAUUCCGGCUGGCGUACUUCUACCUCACGCCACCGGAGACGCAGUCUAUGACUGCUAUCAAGCAGUGCUUGCACCGCGAUCCCGACUCGAAGCAGUGUCUGCAGGCGCAUCGGCUUGUGAAGAAGCUCGACAAGCAGUAUACGAAGCUCGAAACACUGAAGAACGCGGAGGACUGGCGUAAUCUCGUUACGCACGUCUUGGGCAAGUCUCCGAAAGACGCCUCGCCUACCGAACCCGGAGACGGUAUGCUUAAGACGCUGGAAGACGCAAUUGAUACGUUCGCUCAUCCCGGCAUGUUCGAUCUUCCGCACGGUGUCGCAUUACCCGCUGCAAGGAGAACGAGCGCGAGAAGAAUGGAAGUUCUGCGCGCUCUGUGUCGCGCACUCGCGCAGCUCGGACAGGCGAAGGCUGGAGAGCGCUGGGCGGACGAGCUGUUGAGGAUGGUCGGCGCGGAUAAGGAGAUUGAUGCGCUCAUCCUGAAGGGGGAUGCUCUUUUAGCGCGCGAGGAGUGGGAAGAGGCUGUUAGGGUGUUUGACACCGCUUUCCAGGCCAGUGGAGGAAACCGCGAAAUCCACGCACGUUUGAGCAAGGCGCAGCGCCUACUCAAGUUGAGCAAGCAGAAGGACUACUACAAGGUCCUUGGCGUACCUCGCGACGCGGACCAGCGGACUAUCAAGAAAGCAUACGGCAAAGCGGUCAAGGCUGCGCAUCCCGAUAAGGGUGGUUCCGAGGCCAAAAUGGCGACGGUCAACGAAGCCUAUGAAGUCCUUUCAGAUCCAGAGCUACGCGCGCGCUUCGACAACGGCGACGACCCGAACGACCCGAGCGGUGGUGCUGGCCCUGGCGGAGGUGGCGGCAACCCAUUCGCACACUUCUUCCAGCAGAGCGGUGGCGGUGGACCGUUCGGGUUCCAGGGUGGCCAUGGCGGCUUCCCUGGCGGCGGCUUCAAGUUCAACUUCGGGCACUAA